CGUUGGUUUGGCUCGGCAAUAUAUUUUUUUUAUUUAUUUAUUUUCAUUGUUUUUUUUUUUUCCAUCCGUGCCCCCCAAUACGAUUUCUACAGAGCUUUUGGCUUUUAACAUUUUUCAAUAUAACAUGUACCACCAGUAGUCAUCCGACAAUACAGUCAGACCAGUCACUAUUAUCAACACAAUCCAAUUUAAAUUUAUUUAUAUUAUUAAAUAAUAAUUUUUUUUUUAUUUAUUUUAUAAUUUAAUUAUAUAAAUUAAAGUGACCCAAAAAGUCUUAUAAAAAGUUUAUUUUUUUUUUAUUUUUUUUUUUUUAAUUUUAUUUUUUAUAAUUUUCAAUUUAUUUUUAUUAUUAAAUUAUUUAUUUAUUUAUUUAUUUAAACAAAGUGUGACGUGGUGAUGGUGGUUAUUGAAAUACUGGAAUAUUCAUCAAAGUGACAGAUAAAAAUAAUAAAAAUUGGAAAAAGGAGAAAAAAAUGUAAAUUAUUGUGGCAAAAAAAGGCAGCAGUCAUUGAGAAAUGUAUUUAUCGAUGAGCACUGGCUGCUGCACAGACCAAGAGGAUGUCGAGACAACAAUAUUUAAAUGUCGUUUUAAAUAUAAUUAUAAAAUUAUUAUUGGUGUCAUCACCAUCACAAAUUUACACGUGGAAAGAUUGUGGAUAAAUUAUUACUUAUAAAUUACCAUACAAUUUAAUAAUGAUAGAAAUAAUUAGAAUGAGAUUGAAAAUAAUUAUUAUGAUAAUUAUUGCAAUUAUGAUGGAUUUAACACGCACAUCGAGAUGACACAAUGAGAUGACAACAAUUAUUGGCCCUUGUAGCCUCAAUUUUUUUUUCUAAAAUAUUGAUAAAGACAUACAUAAACACACACACACACACACACACCCACACAUGACCACACAACAUUUACACAUGUUUUAAUAAUAAUAACGACAACAAUCCCCAAUUAAUUUACAUCCUUAAAAUUCAACAAGUGAAUAAUGUAAAUAAAUUUAAAAUAUUUUGUCAAUAAUAUAAGUUGAAUUGUAUUAUUAUUUUAAAUGAAAAAAAAAUAUUGUCCAAGUGAUGAUAAUGACAGUGAAAAUUAUCAAAUGCAGAAAAUCAAUAAUUUGGAUGAAAAUAAAUGACAACAAUUGGACCACAGUAAAGUGCAUUCAAUGAAUUAAUAUUUUAAACAAAAUCAAGUAACAAAUUUUAAUAAAUAAAAAAUAAAAAGAGACACAAGGAUGUGCAAUAUGAAAUUAUGUGUUUUGUGAUUAGUUAAUAUGAUGACAAUUUUAAUAAUAAAUUUAUAAAUAAAUACAGAGACUGUAUAUUUGUCGGAUUAUUUAUUUUAAUUCAAAGUGCAUUUUAAAAGUGACAAGUGUUUGUAAAAUAAAUGAAAAAAAUAAAACAUGUAAUUUUCAAGUGACUAUGGAAAUUUGUGAAAAUCAAUUACUAUUUUAAUUAGAUAAAUAAAUAAAUAAUUAAACUGGCAUUAAGUAGCCAGAUUAAAUAAUAAAAAAAAAGGUGAAAGGAUGCCAGGGGGUCGUAGGGGCCUGGUAGCCCCUCAAAAUACCUUCCUGGAAAAUAUUAUACGACGAAGUAGCAGUCAACCUGAUAGCAGUUUUUUACUCGCCAAUGCUCAAAUUGUUGAUUUUCCAAUUGUUUAUUGCAACGAGAGUUUUUGCAAGAUAUCUGGAUUUAAUCGUGCCGAGGUGAUGCAAAAAUCAUGUCGUUGUGGAUUCAUGUAUGGCGAGCUGACUGACAAAGAAACAAUAUCAAGAAUUGAAGAAUGCUUGGAGGCCCAGAUACCCGAUCAAUUUGAAAUAUUGCUCUACAAAAAAAAUAAGACACCAUUAUGGCUACUACUACAAAUAGCACCAAUAAAAAACGAACGAGAUUUGGUGGUAUUAUUUUUACUGACAUUUCGAGAUAUAACAGCAUUAAAACAACCAAUAGAAACAGACGACAACAAGGGUGGUUUAUCAAAAUUUGCAAAACUUGCCAGAUCAGUUACGAGAUCAAGGUCCGUUCUAGUAUCCCAAUUCAGCUCCCACCUGCCAGCACUCAAGGACGGUGUUAUACCAACUUCAACAAAACCAUCACAUUUAGCUCACUAUCAGUCUGCAAAUCAAAUGAUAUCAUCAACUGGAGAAUUAAUGCCACAGUAUCGUCAAGAAGCACCAAAAACACCACCUCAUAUUUUACUACAUUAUUGUGCAUUCAAAGCAAUUUGGGACUGGAUUAUAUUGGGCCUGACAUUUUAUACAGCUAUCAUGGUGCCAUAUAAUGUUGCAUUUAAAAAUAAAACAAGUGAAGAUGUGUCUCUGCUUGUUGUUGAUAGCAUUGUUGAUGUUAUAUUUUUCAUUGACAUUGUACUUAAUUUUCAUACGACAUUUGUUGGUGCAGGAGGUGAAGUUGUGUCUGAUCCAAAAGUGAUAAGAAUGAAUUAUCUCAAGUCUUGGUUCAUCAUUGAUCUAUUGAGUUGUUUGCCUUAUGAUGUAUUUAAUGCAUUUGAUCAUGAUGAGGAUGGCAUUGGAAGUCUCUUCUCAGCACUCAAGGUCGUACGAUUACUUCGACUUGGUCGUGUUGUUAGAAAAUUGGAUCGUUAUCUUGAGUAUGGUGCUGCAAUGCUCAUACUACUAUUGUGUUUUUACAUGCUCGUUGCACAUUGGCUUGCAUGUAUUUGGUAUAUUUUUAUAUUCUUCACUCGAGAGGAUGCCAUCACUGGUUCAUCAUGUUAAACAAUACAAGUAUUACCAGAAUUAAUUGCUGGACCAUCAAGAAGAACAAUGUAUGUUACAGCACUUUAUUUUACAAUGACAUGUAUGACAUCUGUUGGUUUUGGUAAUGUUGCUGCUGAAACUGAUAAUGAAAAAAUAUUUACAAUAUGCAUGAUGAUAAUUGCUGCUUUACUUUAUGCAACAAUAUUUGGUCAUGUUACAACAAUUAUUCAACAAAUGACAUCAGCAACAGCAAAAUAUCAUGACAUGUUAAAUAAUGUUAGAGAAUUUAUGAAGUUACAUGAAGUACCAAAGGCACUGAGUGAGCGAGUUAUGGAUUAUGUUGUUAGCACCUGGGCAAUGACAAAAGGUCUUGAUACAGAUAAAGUAUUAAAUUAUUGUCCAAAAGAUAUGAAAGCAGACAUAUGUGUUCAUUUAAAUCGUAAAGUAUUUAAUGAACAUCCAGCAUUUAGACUUGCAUCAGAUGGUUGUUUACGUGCACUUGCAAUGCACUUUACAAUGUCACACAGUGCACCUGGUGAUUUACUAUAUCAUACUGGUGAAUCAAUUGAUUCAUUGUGUUUUAUCGUAACUGGAAGUCUUGAAGUUAUACAAGAUGAUGAAGUUGUUGCAAUACUUGGCAAGGGUGAUGUUUUUGGUGAUAGCUUUUGGAAAGAUUCAGCUGUUGGACAAAGUGCGGCAAAUGUACGAGCCUUAACUUACUGUGAUCUACACACAAUAAAACGUGACAAACUUCUUGAAGUAUUGGAUUUUUAUCAAGCAUUUGCAAAUUCAUUUGCUCGUAAUUUAAUACUCACAUACAAUUUACGUCACAGGUUGAUAUUUCGUAAAGUUGCUGAUGUUAGAAGAGAAAAAGAACUUGCUGAAAGAAGAAAAAAUGAACCACAAUUAGAUCAAACACAGGAUCAUCUUGUUAGAAAAAUAUUUUCAAGAUUUCGAAGGGAGAGACAUGGAGCAGAUGUAGAAAAAGGAGAAAAUAAAGAUGUCAAAGAUGGUGAGAGCUUGCACUCAAGUAGAAAAUUAUCGAUCAUUGAAAGUGAUUCAACUCGUCCUCGUCCAAGUAAAUGGGGUCGACUUUUAGGAAGUUCAAGUUUAGAUUCAGGAAGUGAAGGUGGCACAACAACUGACACAUUUAAACGAACAUUAAGUACACGUGAUUCACGUCCAGGUUCAAGUGCAAGUACAAAUAAAGUAUUUCCAAAAUUAUCAAAGCUUGGUGGAACAAUUGAAGAGCCAAUUGACAUUAAUAUUAAUAAUAAUAAUAAUAAUGAAACAACAAAAGAUUCACAAUUACCAACAACAACGACAACAACAACAAUAAUACCAACAUUACAAAUUGAAUCAAAACAAUUAUCAUUGAGACGUCUUGAAAGUUAUGAUGGUGGUUUAAUAACAACACAACCAAAUCAUGAUCGUGAAAUACUUGCUGCUGUACUUGAAGUUAAAGUUGAUUUAAAACUUGAAGUACAAAGAGUUAAUCAACGACUUGCUAAACUUGAAGAUAUGCUUGAAAUAAUUAUGAAUAGAUUACCACCACCACCACCAUCAACAUCAUCUUUAUCACCAAAUAGUCUUGAAGCAUCACAAAAUCGUAAUAAUGAUGCUGGUACACAGACACCACCAUUAUUACCAGAACAAAAAUUACCAAUACUCAGUGAUUCACCAUCACAUCGUCUACAAAUUAAAGAACUUUUACCACAUCAUCAUCAUCAUCAUCAUCACCAUCAUCAUCAUCAACAACAACCACAACAGCAACAACAAGAACAACAACAAACAGAUAAAUCUAAAGAUUCAGAAAGACUGACUGGUGGUGGUGGUGGUGGUGGUGAUAGUGCAAGUGGUAGUGGUGAUUUUAAAUCAUCAAGAGAUAUUGGAAAAGAACUUAUUGAACGUUUAUCACAUGCAUCAACAUCUAGGGAUGAACAAUCAUCAUCAUCAUCACUUGGUCCAUUAAUAUUAAGAAAAAGAAGAAGUAAAUCAAGAAAUAAAGGUGUUGCACCAUUGGCACCAUUAGCAACACAACCAAUUAGUCCAAUUGAAGCAACUGAAACAACACAAAUGCUUGAUUGUGAAGAACGUGAUAAUAGUACUAGUGAUAAAAGUGAUAAAAAUGAUAGAGAAUACAAAAAACCACCACCAAGACCUAGAGACUAUUUGUGAAAAUUUAUUAAAUAUGCUUUAAAUGGUGCUUCAAACAAUUAAACAUUUAUUUUAAAAUUAUUAUCAAAUUAUUAUAUAAAUAUUUUUAAACAAACAAUCAACUAAAGUUUAUAUAUUUUUAGCUGUGUCUGUGAAUGAUUAUUAUCAUUUUUUUUUUUCAUAGAAUUUAAAGCUAUAUUAUUUGUUGAAUUGAAAAAAAAAAGUUUAAACAUUUUAAAAUGCAAUUUUUACAAUUAAAUUUGUUUAUUUAAUUUUUUUUUUUUUUUUAAGGAAGCAAUAUAUAUAUGAACGAAUGAAUGAAUUAUUUUAUUUUUUAUUUUUUAGACAUCGAAGUGAAAAUAAUGAUUGAAUGAAUGUAAUAAAAAAUCUCGGCGCGAGAAUAAGCGAUUUUUAUUUAUAAUUUAUAUUAAUUUAUCAAUUUAAUUUUUUUGUUUAAUUUAUUAAAUAAUCUAAUCGUUUGUCCUAAAAUUCGAUUAAUUUUUUAUAUGAAAAAAAUGAAAAAACAAAUGUCAAGUUAAAAAAAUAUAAAUUAUAAGAAAAUAGAAUUAAUAAAUUAAUCGAAUUUUGUGUGAUUAUAACGAAGCCAAACAGCAAUACUAGUUGUAUAUAAUAUACAUAUUGUAAUUAUUAAUGAGUAUAAAUUAACAAAGAGAAAAAUAAAAAAGAAAAAAGUAAAUAAAUAAUUAAUAAUAAUUGUACAUAUAGUACAUAUAUAUUUAAAUCUGUAAAAACAAUCAGAGUAUGAGUUUUUACGAGUUAAAAUGCCUGAUGAGAAAGCGCUAAAAAUUUACUCAUAUAUAUAAUAAAUUAAUAUAAUAUAAUAUACAUUCCUAAGAAAGCAACUAACGAUAAAAAAAAAAAUACAAAUAGAGACAAGUGUGAGAACAGGAGCAAAAAAAGAAAAUAAAAAAUAAAAAAUUCGUAAGCCUGAAAUAUAUAAAUUGUUGAUAGAAAAAAAAUUAAUAUAUUGAUAAAUAAAUUACUAUCAGACAUGUUAAUAUACAAAUCAAAGAAAAAAAAAAAAUUAAUAAAUAAAUAAAUUUGUUAAUUAGGUUCUAGAUGAAAAUUUCAUCAAAAAAAAUUACAUAAUAUAUAUUAAAAAAUAAGAAACGACAUAGCUGGCUCUAUUCGUAGUAAUAAAAAUGCAAUCCUAUAUUGCAAAAAAAGUUUAAAUGCUGUUGAUGCAAAAUUGUCGGUUUUGCACGAGAAUUUUAAUUUUUUUCUUUUUUUUUUUGUGAUAUAAAAAAAAAAAAAAAACAACCAAGUGAUUCUCGUAAACCGCCCUUAACGUGCAAGCUCGUUUAACUGCCUUCCUCUUUUAUCACUAAACAAUUGCUUCGUAAAAAAAAAAAUAAAAUAAUUAUAUAAUAAAACGAUAAUGUGCGAAACUCAAACAAAAAAAAAAAAAGUAUAAUAUUAUUUUUGCAUCGCUUUCUGGGGUAUAGUUAAUUAAACAUAAAUUAAUUAAUUAAAAAAAAAAAAACAAAAAAAAAGUGAGCAUGCUGAUGAUGAUAAAACGGGUCUAAUAAAAAAAAAAAAAAAUUGUAAUUAAAAUAAAAAAAAAACUAGACGAUGGAAAAUAAUAAUUUGAUAAUUUUUUCGAAGGGAGGGGUAUGAAAUUUAAUAGCUAUUAUUAUUUAUGAAAUUUGUCCAUUUUUUAAAAAGUAACUUGGGCUGUGUGCUGCGAAAUAAUUCACAAAGUCCCUCGUCUUUGUUUUACUGAUGGAAAAAUUUCAAAAAAAAAAAAAGUAAUUUUAAAUAAGAUACAAAAAUAAAAACAAACAAUGGACGAAAUUAUUAUUAUUAUUUUUUUAGAUCAGAUGAAUCCAGAGAAUCACAAUUUGCAGCAAAAUAAUACCUCUGCCUUCAAAAGUAUCUAGAUGCAAAUACUUCUAUAGUAUUUGGCUUUCCAAUGUGUAUAUUUACUAUUUAUACAAAAUUAAUUUUAAAUGCUUAUGUACGUUUAUCGUAACAUAAAAAAAAAAAUGAAGAAAAUAAUAACACUAUUAAUUAAACAAA